ACGUGGAGCCAAUAGGAGGCAGCGAUCCAUCAGUUUGGAUUGGAGGCCCCUGGAGGAGAAGUAGAGGAAAAACCACCGAAUUGAGCUCUGUCAGAGGCGCUUUCGGCUUCCAAGGGGAAGUGCUGGGCGAUAAUUAAUGUUUUUAUUAAAUUUGGAGGGAAUUUUUUGCAGCCGUUCGCCUAGCGUGGCCUUCAGUCCCGUUAGGUGCAAAGCAAGUCUCCUUGAUCGCCAUUGCUAGUUUUGCACACGUUUGCGAAUCAGAGCUGUCCGGGGUACACCGACGCGCAGGGAAACAUCGAGAGUGUAAAUAAAUACAGCGCAUCCGGUUCGGAUUUUUGCUACUGCCGAAAAUAUGUAAAUUGUGAACUCUCUUGGCUCUCUUAGGAUCCAGGUUGAUAGAAGUCCAGAUCCCGAGGAAAUCUCCAGAUAAAUGCUCAAAAUAUAAAACACUGAGCUAAUAUUUGCGAAGAGCAGCAGAAUGGAUGGAUUUUAUGACCAGCAAGUGCCUUACAUGGUCACCAAUAGUCAGCGUGGGAGAAAUUGUAACGAGAAACCAACAAAUGUCAGGAAAAGAAAAUUCAUUAACAGAGAUCUGGCUCAUGAUUCAGAAGAACUCUUUCAAGAUCUAAGUCAAUUGCAGGAAACAUGGCUUGCAGAAGCUCAGGUACCUGACAAUGAUGAGCAGUUUGUACCAGACUAUCAGGCUGAAAGUUUGGCUUUUCAUGGCCUACCACUGAAAAUCAAGAAAGAACCCCACAGUCCAUGCUCCGAACUCGGCUCUGCCUGCAGUCAAGAACAGCCCUUUAAAUUCAGCUAUGGAGAAAAGUGCCUGUACAAUGUCAGUGCCUAUGAUCAGAAGCCACCAGUGGGAAUGAGGCCCUCCAACCCCCCCACGCCGUCCAGCACACCGGUGUCCCCCCUCCACCAUGCGUCUCCAAACUCCACUCACACUCCGAAGCCUGACCGGGUCUUCCCCGCUCACCUCCCUCCAGAUAACAGCUACCCCAUGGACCACAGAUUUCGCCGCCAGCUCUCUGAACCCUGCAAUUCCUUUCCUCCUUUGCCCACAAUGCCAAGGGAAGGACGUCCUAUGUACCAACGCCAGAUGUCUGAGCCAAACAUCCCCUUCCCGCCGCAAGGCUUUAAGCAGGAGUACCACGACCCAGUAUAUGAACACAGCACCAUGGUUGGCGGUGCGGCCAGCCAAAGCUUCCCCCCACCUCUGAUGAUAAAACAGGAACCCAGAGAUUUUGCAUAUGAUUCAGAGAUUGAAUCCAAGACCUUGCACUUGAUAGAAGUGCCUAGCUGCCACUCCAUUUAUAUGAGGCAAGAAGGCUUCCUGACUCAUCCCAGCAGAUCAGAAGGCUGUAUGUUUGAAAAAGGCCCCAGGCAGUUUUAUGAUGACACUUGUGUUGUCCCAGAGAAAUUCGAUGGGGACAUCAAACAAGAGCCAGGAAUGUACCGGGAAGGACCCACAUAUCAGAGGCGAGGCUCACUUCAGCUUUGGCAGUUUUUGGUAGCUCUUCUGGAUGACCCUUCAAAUUCUCAUUUUAUCGCCUGGACUGGUCGAGGCAUGGAAUUUAAACUGAUUGAGCCUGAAGAGGUGGCCCGGCGUUGGGGCAUUCAGAAAAACAGGCCAGCUAUGAACUACGAUAAACUUAGCCGUUCACUCCGCUAUUAUUAUGAGAAGGGAAUCAUGCAAAAGGUGGCUGGAGAGAGAUAUGUCUACAAGUUUGUGUGUGAUCCGGAAGCCCUUUUCUCCAUGGCCUUUCCGGAUAAUCAGCGCCCGCUGCUGAAAACAGACAUGGAGCGCCACAUCAACGAGGAGGACACGGUGCCUCUGUCUCACUUUGACGAGAGCAUGACCUACAUGCCCGAAGGGGGCUGUUGCAACCCCCACCCCUACAACGAAGGCUAUGUGUACUGACACGAGUGACUGUCAUGCAGGGCGUCCUUGGCCUCGCCUCUUUCUGCAAGAUGCGGAGAAUCGUCGAGUUCUCUUCAAUCUUUGUUUUAUUUUUGUUGUUUGUAUUUUAUUUUUAAAUAAUAAUACAAAAAGGGGCUUUUCCUGUUGCAUUAUUCUAUGGUCUGCCAUGGAUUGCGCACUUUAUUUGAGGGUGGGUGGGAGUAAUCUCAACAUUUAUUCUGUGUAACAGAAAGAUAAAGGGUGAAUGGGCAGAGGGAUUUGGGGAUUACUUUUUUCUUAGGCUUGGGAUAGGGUCCUACAGGUUUUAGGUAUGAUGAAGUUAUAUCAUGUCUGAUUUCAUAAUAACAAGAUAAUCUUCAUUUUCUCUGGGUAACUAGGGUACAGUUGAUUUCACAUUGUGUAAAUAUCCACUUGGAGACUAUUUGCCUUGGGCAUUUACCCCCAUCUUUCCUCUGUCUCUGCAGGCGUACAAAAACAUCUACUAUAAAUCGCAGUUUAAUUGUUAGAAAGAACUGUUUUUGCACUUCUUGUAAAAAAGGUAUUUAGCAAUCGAUUACAUUUGCCAUAGUUUUGUUUUGCUUUACACAUAACUCACAGAGAAUGACCAUAAAAAUGGGCGAUUCUCUCGGAAGCUGAGUAAUUACCAUUACUGUAUAUGAGGGGCACAAUUUUGGACUCUGGCUCCAAACUGAGUCACAGGCCAGUAGCAUUACAAGUAUUUGGUGCCACCUUGCUGUUUAAAUAAAAAUCAUACUGUCUUUUAAAUAUUUUGAAGCCCAUUUUCAUUAAUAACGUUAUGGUCCUUUGGAAUCUUCAUUUAAAUGUUAAAUCUGGAAUCACAAUGAAGCAAAACGUAUCUGUCUUUUUUCACUUCCUUCAGUACAUAAAUACAUUGUUUAAUCAGUAAGAAUUAACUGUACUAAAUCACAUAUUAUGCUGUUCUAGUUUCAGCAAGCACUCUUUAAGAAAAAUAUCCACUGCAUUAAAUAGGUACUAUAGUAAUUUUUAGACAUGGUACCCACUGAUAUGCAUUUAAAUGUUUUACUGCUGUGUUAUGUUGAUAACAUAUAUAAAUAUUAGAUAAUGCUAAUGCUUCUGCUGCUGUCUUUUCUGUAAUAUUCUCUUUCAUGCUGAAUUUACUAUGACCAUUUAUAAGCAAUGCAGUUAACUACAGAUAGCAUUUCAGGACAAAAUAGAUGAUUCACACCAUUUAUUGCUUAAAAAAUAGCUUACGCCAUGCUAUGCUAUAAGCAGCUUUUAUGCACAUUGACAAAUGAAGAGUAAGCUUCAGCUUGCUAAGGGAAGCUGUGGAAACUUUUGUAACUUUUGGUGAAAUGGAAAAUGACCUAGAAACUGUCAAAGAAUAAGAACAUGAGGAAGUUGCUGUAUGACAUAGUGCUGGCACUGAUAUUAUCCGUCAUCUCAUUUUGGACACUCCUGUAAAUGUGACCAGAUUGUUUGAGAGAAGACUUAAAGAUUUCAAGAUUCUAAGUUUUUGUGUUUGUUUGUUUUACAUUUGGCGGAAGUAUAGAAAGCAGUACACCAUACACUCUGAAAAAAAUAAGUAAAUAGUGUUAUAGUAUCACUGAAUAGCUUGUUAAAAGAUUCAAGAAAGGAAUAUGAAUUUUUUCAACGCAUGAAUAUACUAGAGGAAUGAAAGUCUAGCAAAAUGUUAAAAACUUAAUCACAAAGCCAAACUAAGCUUAUGAAGGCAUUUUGUGAUGAGCACAGGAAGGACUCAUUAAAAACUAUCCCCAGCCACCUGUUUCCUAACACUACACUGUUCACAGAGAUUUCUCUUAAGUUGAACAGUUAUUGAAAUAUUAAAAUCAAUACUAUUCACAUUAAUUCCUACAAAAUUUGUAAUUUCAACAUAUGUAUGUAACCUGUGAUUUCAAUGAUUGUUCUAUGUCCACAUCGUAUGUCAUUUGGCCCUUUAUGGGCUAAUAAAGUAUGCCUUAAAAAUCAGAACCUUACCCUCCUCCCACUGCGCUCAUGUGGCCAUUUCCAGCACUUAGAAUAAAAACAGAUUUAAAAAUAUUCAGUGAAAGUUUUAUUGGAAAGAGAGCUGAGAUAUAUGAUUGAGAUAUUUGGUGAAAUUGAAGGAGAAAUUUUAAGUGAGUUUUUAAAGAUGUUCUAAAUAACAAUCGUAUUAAGGAUUCUUUGUUUUUUAUUUCUUUUUAAUACUCUUAGAUCUAGUCUCAGUGAGGAAGAAUUGGACAAUGAGUUAUCUUAAAGUAUCAAUGAAAUUAAUGGUAUUAAUUAUAUGAUAUUUAAGGACAAACUAUAUAUAUAUAUUACUGUUUAAGGUAGUGACUCACUGAACUAAAUUAAACAAUUGACCAACUUUAAGUAUAUUUCCAAUUACAUAUUGGAGAGUUCAAAAUACUGCAUUUUAAACUCUUUUGGGAAAUGUACCUAAGAUUUUUUAAGUUCUAUUUUAUUCUACUUUUGUUUGGUUGUGUUUUUAUGUUUUUUUAUUUUCAGGUAGAUUAAUAAAUCUGGCAGCUGAUUUCUGCAAGAUUCUUGUGUUUUGAAUUUCUAAUUGAAUUGGCUAUUUAAACAUAGAAAUUAAUUUAUGAAAUUUAUCUUUUUUAAUCGGUAAAAGAAACUAAUAGAAUCAUCUCCAUUAGUGUAUGCUUGCCUCUUGUUGAUGACAUAUUAAUAUCCAACAGAUUAAUUACAACAAAGACUAGGAUAUGCCAAAUAACUAAUGAAAAAUGAUUUUUCCUGAGUUAUACCUAUUAAAAAUGCUUCAAAAUAAAAAUCCACAAAACCAACAGUGCAGAGCAUUUUUCUCAAAUCAUGGAGGAUCUUCAGAGAUCUAAUGUCUUGUAGAUAUUAUAACAAAAUUACCACAACAAUAAUAACAACACACAUUGAUCCUCUUACUGUUCUGGAGAUCAGAACUUUAAGAGGCUCAAAUCAGAUGUUUGUAGCACUGGUUCCUGUUGGAGGAUUCAAAGGGAUUCUUGCUUCUUCUACUUCCAGAGGGUGCCAGCUUUCCUUGGCUCCUCGCUGCACCACUUCACUCUCUGCCUCCCCAGUAAGAUCCGCCUCAGCUGUCGUUAGCGCUCUGCCAUUUCAUAGGAUACUUGUGAGUAUGUUUAUGAUUCACCCAGAUAACCCAAAAUAAUUUCCCCAUUUCCACAUCCUUAUUUUAAUCACACAUGCCAAGUUGCUUUUUAGACAAACUAAUCCCAGAUUCUGGGGUUUGGGGCAUGAAUAAAGUUUGUGGACUGGGGGGAAAAGCUGUUAUAGCCUCCCGUACAAUGAAGUCCCUGGGUAGCAAAAGAGCUAAUUUAUUUACUCAUGGACAAAAAGUUGUAUUCAGGAUUUAAAAUUAGAAUUUAUUAGGAAUGUUUUUAUUUACUAUUGAGAUAUUUUCCACUUAUUCUGUGUCAAUACUUCUGCAAGCUUGCUGCAUCCAUAUUCAUCUACUUCAUUUGGUCCUCUGGUAAUAACACUAAGUUUUGAAUUAUUUAAAUCCUGUCUUCCCUGAGAUGAACACUAUGUAAUGAGAGAAAAACAAGAUAUGAUAAUAACAGUAAUAACACAGUUAAACAUGUUGUCCAAUCUAGAUUAUAUCUUUUAAAAUUUUAGUGUUAAUAAGAUUUAUUACUGUAUGAUCUUAACAUGUGCAAACAAUUGCUUCUUAUUAGGUAAGAACAAUAUAUAGAUUAUUUCUCUUGUUAAUUAAAGGAACAAUUCCAAAAUGAAUUGACCUACUAUUGAAAGCAAUUUACUUACUGCCUGAUGUUACAACAUUUGGACAGCUCAUAGGCGAUUCUAAAAUGAACCUUUUCACUAUCAUACAAAUCUAUUCAGAAUUUAUGAUGUCAAGACAUUAAAGGAAAGAAGGCCAUUUGAAUGGCUAUUACUUGGAAGCUUAAAGGAGAAAAAAAAAACCUCAAAAUAAGAAAUGAGAAAAUAUUUUCCAGUUGCAGUUUGGUAUGAAUGGGGAAAAGAGUUGUUAAAAACAAAUAGGGUAAAAAACAAAAAAGAAAAAAAAUUGAAGAAUG